AUGGCCAGGAAAGGGGAAACGAUCAGAAGCAUCAACGUGUCCGUGGUCGGCCUGUCUGGCGUCGAAAAGGACAAAGGCCAUGCAGGCGUGGGGAAAUCCUGCCUGUGCAACAGAUUCAUGCGACCUCACGCCGAAGACUACAACGUAGAUCACAUAUCCGUGCUCAGCCAAACGGAUUUCAGCGGGCGAGUCGUCAAUAACGACCACUUCUUAUACUGGGGCGAAGUUAUCAAGACCUCCGACGAAGGUGUCGAUUACCAGUUCAGUUUAAUCGAGCAAACCGAGUUCAUCGACGAUGCUUCGUUUCAACCGUUCAAAGGAGGUAAGAUGGAGCCGUACGUUAAGCGUUGUGGAUCGACGAAAAUCACGUCCGCUGAAAAAUUAAUGUAUAUUUGUAAGAAUCAAUUAGGUAUAGAGAAAGAGUACGAGCAGAAGGUUUUGCCCGAUGCCGCUAUUCUCAAUAAUUUAUUGAAAACUAAAAAGCCAAUUGUAUUUGUAACAACUAAAAAUGACGAUGCCAACGAUAUGUAUAUUAGGGAAGCACAUAAAUUAAUUACGAGAAACGAAUAUAAGAGCGGCAUACCGAUUGUCGAGACUUCAGCGCACGAUAAUGUUAAUAUAGAUGUUUGCUUUAUGAUAUUAGCUCAGAUGAUUGACAAAACUAAGGUAAGAUGUAAAAUUCCAUCGUAUUCCGAGGCGUCGCUAUCCAGAAAGGAAUUAAUGGACAUCGCCAGUGAAUCCUUCAUGAGAUUGAUCAGAAUCCACGUUACCGAUUGCCAUGCAAUGUGGUCGCAAACCGUCAAAAAGUUGAAUUCUCACAAGGAAUGGAUCCAUUUCGUCCAAUUAUUUGGAUUAGAUGGCACUCAAAGGUUGUUCAGGAGGCACAUUAAGAAGCUGAAAGACGAACAGUUGGCCAAGCAAAUAGCGCAUUAUAUGGAGAUGCUUCCGGACGUGUUCCACGAACUGAUUCCGGGAUUUAAUACGCUGUCUGACAUGGAUUGGCCGUCGAUACAGCAAUAUUUGAAGUCGCACCCGAACUUCUCGCAAUAUUUCUUCGAAAGACCCGAAGAUUUACCUUGGUCCGAAUGCUUGGAGGACGGCGAAGAAACUCGCAUACCUUUUGAUGUUUUAGACACCAGUGAAGCCGAAACCGUAUUCAAAAAUUACGUAAACGUGCUGCAACAGGAACAGAAACGGCUGGAAUGGAAAAAGCAGUUUAAGCAAUUACUUGAAGACACCGGUUACGUUACGCCUGGAAAGCAUUUGUCCGAAGUGAGAGUUCUAUUCAUGGGUAGAGAAUGUUUCGAGGCUUUGAGCGAGCACGACUGUCAGAAGAUAUACGAGGCCCAUCAGAGAGAGAUUAUUGAAAACGCCAAACACAAUUUUCAAGAACUCUUACUCGAGCACGCAGAUCUGUUUUACCACUUCAAAAGUAUCGCGCCGACAGGUACCAUUACGCAAGACGACAUUAAGGAAAUAACCGACGUUUUACAGGAAGAUUUUCGCUAUAAAAUCUUAGAUAGACUCGAUCAAGAUAGAAAACUCACGCUAUUCCAACAUCUGGGCUUCAUACACUACCCUAUAAGGGAACAUUGUCCAGCUUUUCCAAAUUGUCAAGACGCUUUGAUCGAGAGAAUUUUAGCGACCAAAGCUCAUCGACCUACCUCCUGGAAUAAUAGCAAUCAAUGGUUGAUAAGUUCGGAAAACAACCAGUUAAACUUACUUAUAUUAGGAUUAAACAACCUGGCAGAAAAUUUGGCUAUUAAAAUCAGGAAGCAAUGCGAUGACGAUGAAUACGAAAUAGACUGUCAGUUUUACAAUUUAGACUAUAGAAUUAUUAGCGGAGAUGUGAGUUUGCCUCACAAUUCGUUUAGGACAUCGGAUUUUAUACCUCACGGUAGCUUUUGCGUGUAUAAUAACGCGCAGUCGUUCGAAUACAUUCGAGAGAGCUUAGAGAAAAAGUUGCUCUCUAACCUCGAACAGGACGAUAAACUUCCGUUCCAAGGAUUACCUAUUGUUCUGAUGUUUCUACACGACUCAUCCGUUGAUGAAAAAGAAAUAAUAAGACUGAAAGAAGACGGGCAGAAUUUAGCUGAUAACUUGCAGUGUCCUUUUAUGGACAUAUCUUUAGAACAAACGGCGGAAGAACAGUUAGUCCACGACGCUCUCCACCAAUUAAUGCAAAGCAUCCACCACAGAGCCGGAUUUUUAAAUAUCAACCAAUCGAUUAUCGAAUGCGUCGAGCCUGACAUUAGGAUUAUCAUGUGCAUGUUUUGCGGAGAUCCGUAUUCUAUAGAGAACAUUUUGGGUCCUUUGCUCUCUCAUCAAGUCUGCUUCCUUUCCUCCUCCCACAGUAUUAUUCUGGAAACGUUUCUGGGGGAUUCGAAGCGGAAAGUCGAAGUCAUCAUUUCAUCUUUUCACGGCGCUAAUGCGUUUAGAGAUGAACUCGUUCACGGCUUCAUUUUAGUGUUUUCCACCAAAAGAAAAGCUUCAUUGUCUACUCUCAACGCGUUUUCUAUGAACAUUCCGAACCUUCCUAUUCAGAUAUUGGCUGUAACCGAUGACGGUGGCGCUACGGCAUUUUUUAACGACGAUCUAAGCCAGCUUUUAAUAACCGAAGGAAAUGCAACGGCUGAUAGACUUCACGCUCAUUUCAUGACCUCGUCCUCGUCGAUGCAGCACAAGACUGCUUUUUUCACUCCGUUUUUUAAGGAAGUGUGGGAGAAGAAGCCGGAAAUCGAGCAGGCUUUCCACAUGGAGGAACCGUCCGGCUUGGACAGCGGCGAAGGAACGUUGGAGAGAUCGAAAAGUCACAGUCAAAGACACAGUCACCCGUUACCUCCUCCUCGCCUCGAAAGCUACUAUUUAAAGCUAAACGACGGCAGCGAAAGCGAAAACUUCGAACUCAGCGGUCCCGAAGAACGGCUGAGUUCGAGCGAUCACAGCGACAAAUUUUCCAGUAUUUACAUGUACGGCAGCGAAGGAAGCGAGAAGAAGAAGAGUUUGCAUUCGGGAUUUCACGUGUACCCGCCUCCGGCCACGCCGCCCGAGCCCGCUCCGCCAGACAACAUCUUAAAUAUCAGACAUUCCAAGAAGCAGAUCGUAUCCACGUCCCAGACCAGUUUAGACGACGUUAACUACGGCGAUCAUCCGAUAUCCAUUCCCGGCAGCGCGUGGAACAAUUUCCACCAGCACGCGUUCACUACGGGCAGAAGACACGUUCCCGUAUCCAAGGCCCGUUCGAAAGUAAUAUCGCAAACAUUGAAGCAACCGGGAAAGCUGAAUUUGAAAAAUUACUCCGCCGUUACCGAAGCCAUUGCGAGAAUGAACGUAAGCGACAUGUCGCCAUCUAAUUUCGGCAACGCUCCUUUGGCUACUCCGGAGGCGGUGGAUUUGGGCUGCGAAUACGCCCAGGUCAAAGACGUACUGCACAACAUGUAUCCCGGACAAAGUCCGGAGUACAUGUACACGAUGGUGCAAGACGCUAUCAGCGGCAAAAUCAAACUGAGGCAACGACGCGAAAAGGGCCAGCCCUCUUAUUCCGAUACGGACAGCGAAUGGAGCAGUUUAGAGCGAAGGCAAAGAGCCAGCGAAGUGUAUUCUAAAGUUAGCAGGAAAGGCGGUACUCACAAAAGGCAACGAAAGAAACGUACGGCUAUUCCCGUGCAGCCGCCCAGAGUUCCGCAGCUGGGAUCUUUCACUCUACCGUCGCUGCACACUCCCGUAUCGGACGUGGAUAACGAUAAAAUCAACGUGGGCUCCGAGUCCAAUUCGGACUCGUCUGAUAUGAGCGAAACCGAGCAAUUUCCACCGGCAUCUAACUCCGCGGACCUACGGAUGAGAUUCUGUCAAAAGCGUUCGUUGAGCCUGAAGAAAAGAAUGCCGGAUGCGAUAAAUUCCCAUCAUUUCAACAUGCAAUCGAUGAACUCCGCGGAUUUCUACCAAAGCCAAGGGAUCAUACACGACGACGAAUCCAGCUUGGACGUGUCGUCUCCGCGAGACAACAGCUCGCCGAUGUUCGGCGUGCUGCCCAAAAUGAAGGAAUCCGACAUCGAGAAGAUGCUGCGCAAGCGCGAAAAGCAAAAGGCCAAGGACGACUCGAAGCUGGAAAAGCGCAGGCUGAAAGAGGAGAAAUUGAGAAAAGUCGCCGAGGAACGGGACAAGAAGAAGCAGAAGAUCAAGCAAAAGUCGUUGCCGGCUUGCGGGGCCCCAUCCAAAUUGGCCGAUUUCAUUCAAUCGGACAAAAAUUUCGUGCCGUGCUUCAUGGAAAAAUGCGUCAGGUUCAUCGAAAUCGACGGUUUGGACUCGGAGGGGAUUUACCGCGUACCCGGCAACAGAGCGCACGUCGAUUUGCUGUUUUCCAAGUUCGAGGAGGACUCGAACAUCGACAUCACCGAUCUGGACAUUCCCGUGAACGCCGUCGCCACGGCCUUGAAGGAUUUCGUGUCUAAAAGACUGCCGCCGAUAUUCGAGCCGGACGUCAUGAAUGAAAUGGAGGAAAUCGCCGGCACCAGAUUGAAACCGAUGGUAACGACGUCGGGCAACUUGGAGGUGAAGAACGACCGCAGCUGCAGACUGCUGGCGUUGAGAAGCAUGCUGGACAAAUUGCCGCCGAUAAAUUUCCAGAUUUUGAAAUUUAUUUUCCAACAUUUCGUCAGAGUGACGGAAAACUCCAAGUUGAACAGCAUGGAUAGCAAGAAUCUGGCGAUUUGCUGGUGGCCUACUUUGUUGCCCAUCGAAUUCAGCGAUAUGGGGAAGUUCGAGCAGAUGCGACCUUACUUGGAGGAUAUUGUUCAGACCAUGAUCGAUCAAUAUCCGUUUCUGUUUUGCGGCAAAGAAGCUUUUGUCAUGGUUUAG